AUGGCCUCUCAGGAGUCACCGUUGGCUUCGGCUUCGGAGCAGCCCAGCUCGAAAAAGAGCCGAUUCGCUGGUUGGUUUGGAAGAGGGAAGCCGAAGACUUCAGCACCAGAAGCGGAGAACAACGGUUCUUACCGUCCAAAAGCUACCCUCGGAAUCCUAAGUGAUAAAGAAACCGAUGAGGUGCCUGGAACGGUCCUUCUGCUCUCUUCUAAUCGCAACGAGCCAUUGGGUUUGAGGCACCAACCACAUCGCGAAUCCAGCUCAUCCAUACCUUCACCUUAUCCACCGUCGCGGGCUUCUUCCCGCUCCGUCCCACCACAGAAGAAGACCGCCAACGGUCAGAUUAUUCUGAACCCACAGCCCGAUGAUUCAGCAAACGAUCCACUGAAUUGGCCUGUAUGGCGCCGAGAUGCGGCUCUGGUAUCCUUAGGCUUUUAUUGUCUGAUGGGCGGGGGCAUGACCCCGAUCCUGGCUGCCGGCUUUGAGCAAGUCGCCUCGGAUUAUGGCAUAACCACGCAAAGGGUAGCUUAUACUACGGGGUUAUACAUGCUUGGGCUUGGAGUCGGAUCUGUGGUAAUGUCUCCAACAGCCAUUCUGUAUGGGAAACGCCCAGUGUAUCUCCUAGGCGCAACUCUCUUCAUCCUUUCUGCCGUCUGGUGUGCGCUGUCACCCAACUAUCCCAGUCUGGUUGUCGCCCGCAUUUUCCAGGGGAUCGCAGUAAGCCCGGUCGAGUGUUUGCCGUCCGCAACUAUUGCAGAGAUUUUCUUCUUGCAUGAACGGGCAUAUCGCGUUGGUAUCUACACGCUUCUUCUGCUAGGGGGCAAAAACCUCAUUCCUUUGGUCAGUGCAGCUAUCAUUAGCAGCCUAGGAUGGCGUUGGGUUUUCUGGGUCGUUGCCAUCGUUGUCGGCAGCUGUCUCGUCCUUCUCUUCUUCUUUGUACCGGAAACCUUCUGGGACCGCACCCCUCGACCGCAUCGACCCCGCAAACGCCCCAGCAUCUAUCGUGGAAUGUCAAACAUCAUGACCCAUGGAUUCCGAGGCCGGCACCCACAUGCCCACCGUCUGGAAGACCCGUCGCCAGACGAGAACGUGGCUCCUGCCCAGCCAAAGAAGGCCAAGAAGGGACACGUUGGCUUUGUUGAUGGAGCUGGCGAAGGCGAGACCCACGAUCUGGAGAAGGUGCAGAAUGAGGAGCAGGAAAACCAAAUUACCCCUGUACUUGAAGUUCCUGCAAGCCAGCCUGGGCCAGAAGCGGCACAUCCUGCUGAUUAUGAGAAAGCUGACGAUUUUCUCACUCCACCUGUUCCGGGGGCAGUAUCUCCUUCGGAACUCGAGACGGGUCGGCGGUUUGAACUAUCUCCGGCUCGUAGUGAGUCUAUGGACCCUGCCCCGCCAGCUACUCCGGCAGCACAAUACACCAACCGACUCCGCGAGCAGCCCAGGAUUUCUUUCACGUACUAUCUUCGGCCUUGGAAUGGGCGCAUUGCUCACGACAAUUGGUUUCGUGUUGCCUUGCGACCUUUCAUAUUGUUUGCAUAUCCCGCAGUGCUGUGGUCCGCCACUGUAUACGCUCUUUCAGUGGGAUGGCUUAUCGUGAUCUCCGAAGCAGUUGGCUCUAUCUACGAAAAGCGAGAUUCGUACAACUUCACGGCUUUGCAGGUUGGCCUGGUGUAUAUCUCGCCGUUCGUGGGUGGCCUUCUUGGGACUGCAGUAGCGGGCAAGGUUUCGGAUAUCAUUGUGAAGUACAUGACACGGCGCAAUGGAGGCAUAUACGAGCCGGAGUUUCGUCUGGUCAUGGCGCUUCCAAUCGCUCUCGCCACAACCAUUGGUCUCAUGGGAUUUGGAUGGAGUGCCGAGGAGCGCGAUAUGUGGAUUGUGCCGACCAUCUUCUUUGGUAUUGUUUCUUUUGGAUGCUGCCUUGGGAGUACGACAUCCAUCACAUUUUGUGUCGACAGCUACCGGCAGUAUGCUGGUGAAGCUCUGGUGACACUCAAUUGGAGCAAAAACGUGUUCCAUGGACUCAUAUUCUCGCUUUUCAUUGUGGACUGGUUAGAUGCAGAAGGAUCCCGGCUGGUGUUUAUUGCAUUGGGAGCGAUCCAGCUGGGUUGCUUACUGGCCACCAUCCCUAUGUAUAUCUAUGGGAAACGACUUCGCAUGUGGACUGUGAGGAAACAAUUGAUGGAGAAAUUCUAG